ACCUAGUACAAACAUAAUACAAGCACCGUGGUGUGGUCAUGCGCUUGAAAUGACGUAAUCGAUUUCAUUGGAAUCGUUACUAUAGUUUAGCUAUUUGGUUUGAAGUCAUUGACGUUAGGAUAUUAUCAAAAAAGGUGUUUGUCAAACAAUUAAAUAUUUGUAUUUUAGCACCAUUAUUUAUUUUGCAACAGAAGUAUUCAAGAACAAGACUUACAUAUUGUUCUAUACCAACCCAUGAAGUUUAAUGACAAUGAUUGCCAAGACCUGAAAUUAUUGGUAACACUCGUAAAGGAAAUUGUACGUAAUGUCCAUUGUAAAGGUUAAAUAUGGAUAAACUAACUUUAAUUUCUGGAACACUCUUCAUGGCAGCAGAUGUUUUUGCUAUCGUCAGUUUAGCAAUGCCAGAUUGGAUAAUUACAGAUGUUGGAGGAGACACUCGCCUGGGAUUAAUGUGGACCUGCAUGACUCUGUAUAACCGGCCACAAAUAUGUUUUGCUCCAGAUCUACAACCAGAGUGGCUUCUGGCUCUUGUUUCUAUAUUUGUUGGUUGCAUUUGUAUUACUACUACGAUCAUUCUCUUGGCUUCAUCACAUUGGGACAGAAAUGUUGUACCAUAUGCCCGAUGGGUUGGCUUUACAGCAAUGGUAUUAUUCUGCCUUGCUGCAGUCAUCUUUCCAAUGGGUUUCCAUGUUGAUGAAAUUGGUGGACAACCUUACCAACUACCAAACAGCCAUCAAGUUGGAGUUUCAUAUAUUUUAUUUGUACUCGCAUUGUGGAUAACUGUAAUCUCAGAACUUUUUGCAGGAAAAGUUUGUCUCCCUCACUUUUAACUUACUAACAUCAUUGUUCAGUCUUCAAACUGCCAGGUCUACUCCAGUAUACUGUGCUGUUCUAUAAAAUUGAAUAUAAGAAAGGCCUGUAGCCAAAAUAAUAAACAAAUGGGUUUUAAAAUAAAA